GGGCGAUGAGAGGUGACAUAGGGGCGAUGAGAGGUGACAUAGGGGCGAUGAGAGGUGACAUAGGGGUGAUGAGAGGUGACAUAGGGGCGAUGAGAGGUGACAUAGGGGCGAUGAGAGGUGACAUAGGGGCGAUGAGAGGUGACAUAGGGGUGAUGAGAGGUGACAUAGGGGCGAUGAGAGGUGACAUAGGGGUGAUGAGAGGUGACAUAGGGGCGAUGAGAGGUGACAUAGGGGCGAUGAGAGGUGACAUAGGGGUCAUGAGAGGUGACAUAGGGGCAAUGAGAGGUGACAUAGGGGUGAAUGAGAGGUGACAUAGGGGCGAUGAGAGGUGACAUAGGGGUGAUGAGAGGUGACAUAGG